AUGCUAAUUAUGUUAAGUAGCAACAUUUUAGAGCUUGUCGACUUUGGAAAAGAACCUCCAGCUUUGUGUAAUGCAGGCCCUAUCGGGGAGGACCUCUGGAAUUGGCAAGCAACCAUUACUGGGCCUCCAAAUUCGCCUUAUCAAGGAGGAGUAUUUUACUUAAACAUUAAUUUCCCCCAAGAUUAUCCGUUUAAACCUCCGCAAGAUUAG